AUGGUUGAUAUUGGUAAGCUGAGACUUGAGCCUCAUGAUUUUAAAUUACUCCUUCAGAACUUGACCUAUCUAAGAGAGCUUGAUCUUAAUGGUGUGAACAUUUCGUCGACCAUUCCUCCAAAUUUGUCUUCUCAUAGAACAACUCUGAGGCUUUAUCAAACAAAGCUAUUUGGGAUAUUACUUGGGAGUGUUUUUCACCUGCCAAAAUUGAAAGCACUUGCCUUAUCACAGAAUCCUCAGCUCAGUGGUUAUUUUUCAAUGACCAAAUGGAACAGCAGUGCAUCUCUCAUGGAGUUAGAUCUCAACAGCGUGAACCUUUCUAGUAAUUUGCCCGAAUCUUUUGGAUAUCUAACGUCACUACAGUCUUUGAGACUUCAUUCGUGCAAUCCUUGGGGGCCUAUUCCUGAAUCUCUUUCAAAUCUCACACAUAUAAAAUAUUUUUUCCCUGAUAGUAACUCUAUGAAUGGAAGAAUACCAUUCCGGAUAUUCUCCCAUAAUCCGUCACAAAGUAAUUUAGGCUUGAGUUCUAACUACUUCUCCAUUCAUCUUGAGGAUUUUAAGAACAAUUCACUAGUCGAGAUUAAUUUAGGAGACAAUCAGUUGCAAGGCCAUCUUCCCAAGUCAAUUCAGAACCUUGUGAACCUAGACACGCUUGAUCUUUCAUCAAAUAAUUUUAGUGGUCAUGUGGAUGUCACCUUCUUUUCAAAUCUGAAGCAUCUUCGGGUUCUUGAUCUUUCACAUAAUCGUAACUCAUUGACCAAUGAGAACAAAGUCAAAGUUUCUUUGCCCAAAUCUCUUGAGUACUUACGAUUGGCGGCAUGUGAAGUAAAAGAUUUGGAGUUUCUAAGAUCCGUAACGAAUAUUCAGGUGUUAGAUCUUUCAUCAAAUAAUUUUUGUGGCGAUGUGGAUGUCAACUUCUUUUUAGACCUCAAAAAUCUUCCGUUUCAAGAUCUUUCAUAUAAUAGUAUCUCAUUGACCAAUGAGAACCAAAAUAAAUUUACUUAG